UUCCUCCUCAUCAUACUAUUUUUUGUCCGCCUAUUAUUUUCUCUCUUGUCUUCACUUUACAUUCAUAUUGAGGCAUUUCUUCCCGUAGGUGAAAUGCAUGGGGUAAACAAGUUUAUAAAAUUAUAAGUGAUUUCUUUUACGUAUAUCAUGAAGCGUCGUAACAUUAUGCUCAUCCUCUUCCAGGUAAUGUCGCCAAUGGAUCUCCCUCUGGAAAUAUGCCUAAAGCUGCAACCCAAGGUCCCAAAGGUACUGCCGCUGCAAGCAGUCAUGCCCCAGGUCCUUCGGGGUACAGGCCCGCACCUCGCCGACGUCCUGUGCAACCCGACAAGUACAUGAGACUGCUGUUUUCUACGGACGGUAACGACAACGACAUCUCUGACUCUGAAUUUGUUCUGGACAGUGACAGUGACAGUGACAGUGACUUUGACAGUGACAGUGAAAGUGACAGGGACAAUGAACUGCGUGAAGGUGAGGAUGACCACCGGAACAGAGAAGUGCCGUUGCCUGAGACCCCAGACUUCUCAUUUGCUUGGUCAGAAGGGUCAGACUUCGUACCUGACCUGCACGAGUUUUGCUCUGACAGGAGUGGCGUGACGAGAGACUGGCCUUGCAACGACCAGUCAAAUGAGAGUGACUUUUUCCGUGCCUACUUGGAUGAUGAGUUGAUGUCAUUUGUUGCCCAUCAUACCAACGACCAUUUUCGUUUGGUGUGUGAGGGAAUGAAUGGUCUUCCACCCACUUCCAGGGCACGGAAAUGGGAGGAUACAACGGCAAGGGAGUUGAUUGUCUUUAUCUCCCUGAUCCUGCUGAUGCCUCUGUGCAAGAAGCAUUAUGUGCAGGAUUACUGGCGUAAUGACACUCUUUGCCACCCUCUGUACGGGAAGUAUAUGACUCGUGACAGAUUUUUGCUGUUGCUUGGUUUUCUGAACUUUAGUAACAGUGAAAAUUCUAACGACAAUGGCCCGCUUAGGAAAGUGAAUGAAAUAAUUUCAAUGAUCGUUGCACGGUAUCAGAAAUAUUUCCAUCCCUUUCAAAAGCUGGUUAUUGACGAGUCACUUGUCCUGCACAAGGGUCGCCUCUCCUUCAAGCAGUACAUUCCGACAAAAAGACAUCGCUUUGGCAUUAAACUUUUUGUUCUUUGCGACUGUGAUACAGGAAUCGUGCUUGACGUGCUUGUGUAUGCAGGCGCACAGACUGAUAUACCAACUGUCAGUAAGAAAGAUCCUAGGGGAAAGUCUGGUGCCGUCGUCUGUAAGAUGAUGGCACCAUACUUCGGUAAGGGUCAUAUUCUUUACACAGACAAUUGGUAUACCAGCCCUGCUUUGUGUCAGUUCCUGCACGACAACAACACGGGAUCUUGUGGAACCGUACGGCGGAACAGAAAGUUUAUGCCAAAGUUCGACGUACAAAAGACCAUAGUUGACGACCCCAGCAAACCAGCCAAUGAUGACACGACUCGCACCCGAGGCAGGAAGAAGGACAUGUACACUCAAAAAGAAAAGGCUGGCAAGUUGCUGGCCUUGAGAUGGAGCGACAAGCGUGACGUCCACCUUCUCUCUACCGUCCACACAGGAGCUAUGGCAUACACUGGCAAACGCCACUGGGGGACGAGGAAGGAGAUUUGGAAGCCAGAUGUAGUUCACGACUACACUAUGAAUAUGAGGAUGGUGGACAAGUGUGACGGCCAGAUCACAGGCAUUGAGUGUAUGAGAAGGUCUACCAGAUGGCAAGUCAAGUUGUUCUUCCAUCUGAUAGACAUGACUAUGCUCAAUGCCUACAACAUGUGGCUUGCCACACAUGAGCCAACACCCACCAAGAAGAUCAUGUUGCGUCAGUUUGUCUAUAACACAGCCAUGCAGCUCCUCGAGAAGUACGGCGAGCUAACCUCGGCCACUAUGGGUCGCCGUCCAGCUCAGCUGCUCUACCGACUGCAACCCUCAAACCGCCACACACCUGUAUACACCGAGAUAGUUAACGGGAGGAGGGUCAGCAAACAGUGCUAUGUAUGUAAGCACACGACCAGGCGCCCACAAAAACGCACAAGGAUCACCAUCAUGUGCAAGGAAUGCAACGUUCCCUUGUGCGUGGGAGAUUGCUAUGAGGCCUUCCACAACCUUGUCAACUUUUAGGAUUUAUC